CUCCUACGCAUAUUUGCGUGGAUAUAUAUAUCUUCGUUCUCUUUCUAUAUAUAUAAACUCUAAAGCUUAAAGAUAGGCACGAUUCUAACGCCAUUAUCGUCUUCUUCUUCUUCUUCUUCUGCCAUCUCUCUCUGUCCUCCAAGUCUCCACAAUUUCUCUCCCUCUUGACUCGCUUUUUUCAACUCACCAGUUGUUGCUUUGUUGAAGACAUUACAAGUACACAUUGUAAGAGUUCAAGUGAGAAAAUUUGAAGAGUUUAGCUACAAACAAAGAAAAACAGAGCAGGAAAACAAUAUCAAUUUCUGAAACAGAGUUUAAAAGAAAAAAUAAAAAGACAAUAUGGGUUUCUGGACACUCUUUGAAGUAGCUUCUAUGCCAAUUCUACAAGUGUUACUUAUUAGUAUAUUGGGAGCUUUUAUGGCUACUAGUUACUGCAAUAUUCUUACUACUGAUGCUCGAAAAUCAUUGAACAAGAUUGUUUUCAUAGUCUUUACACCCUCUCUCAUGUUUGCUAGUCUCGCUAAAACUGUGACUUUCCAAGAUGUCAUUUCAUGGUGGUUUAUGCCUGUUAACAUUGGACUCACCUUCUUGAUUGGAGGGAUUCUUGGAUGGAUUGUUGUUAAAUUACUGAAACCACAACCUCAUCUUGAAGGACUUGUUAUUGCUACAUGUUCAUCAGGAAAUUUGGGAAAUCUACUUCUGAUAGUUAUUCCUGCAAUCUGUAAUGAGGAUGGAAGUCCAUUUGAUCGUGACACCUGCAGAUCUGUUGGACUCUCAUACGCAUCUUUCUCUAUGGCGCUUGGUGGUUUCUUCAUCUGGACUUAUACUUACAGUCUGAUACGAUCUUCUGCUGCGAAAUUGAAAGUGAUUGAAGCAGCUGAGGAGAUUACAAAAGCACCCAACAACGAUUUAGAAGCUAGUCAAGAAACUCACCUUCUCAAACAAGAAGAAAAAGAACAUGCUGCAAAAUCUGUUGUUGAUACAGAAACAGAAGCUGUUGUUUCCCAAGAACAUGGAAAAGGAGUACCAUUCUUGAAUAAAUUGCUAGGAUCUCUUCACAAGAUUUUGGAGGAGCUCUUGGCGCCGCCCACGCUCGGUGCAGUGAGUUUCCUCAACAUGUCACAUACAUUUAUUGAUUUCCAAUUAUAUAUAUAUUUGUGGAGUUUCUCCUUUUGGAGCAUUACAUUCCUCAGAAAACUAAUAGUUUUGGGUGAUAAUGCUCCUGCUUCCGUUACUGGCCCUCCCUCCGGUUACAAGGAGCACCUACAAUCCUCUUUAUGGCUUGUUAAAGGAGCAGCUAAAUUUGGAUUCCUUCCAUCAGAACCAUUAUAUCAGUAUGUUCUGAUGAUUCAAUAUACAUUGCCACCUGCUAUGAAUAUUGGUACUAUGACCCAGCUGUUUAAUGUGGGUCAAGAAGAAUGUUCAGUUCUCUUCCUAUGGACAUACUUAGGUGCAGCACUAGCACUUACUGUCUGGUCAACAGUCUUCAUGUGGAUAUUGUCCUGAGGAAAGCUAUUUUUUCAUAGAAAAAGAAAACCACUAUUAUAUCAGUAUAGGAGAAUCAUUAUAGGGGAGAAAUAGCCUAAAAGAAUUCCAUUAAUUGGGAUUUGUUUCAUUUUUUAUUUUUCUUAGUUUUUAUGCAUUGCUUGAUUUGUAGUGAUUGUUUGUAAAUUGCUUACAUAUAGCUUAACAAUUUUUUUUUUUUUUAAAAAAGAAAAAUCAGAUUUGGAUGUGAUGAUUA